AUGACAGUAGCCAUACCUCACAUUCCACUAUUUCUUAGUGAUGUUAUUAAUCAAAUUCAAUUUAUUAAAAUUCGAGGAUGCAUUGUGGUCGAAGAAGCUUUAUCUAUGAUACUUUCAGCUGCUUUACUUAUGAUACUUUCAACUACAUCAUUUU